CAGGGUGCUGGGCUGAGGGGCUCCAAAGGCAGCCAGUGUGAGGGGGUGUCCUCCUGAUCCCGGGGCCCCACUGGUCCACAGUGCCCCCCAUCGGACAAGCCGAGGCCACACCCUUCCCUGGGGGCCGCCUGUGACCAGCCCUCCAUGCACCCUUCCCUCGGGCGUCUUCCCUUCUGCCGGUCCCCAGGGUCACGCAUCACAGGGGACUGGGGCCUGAGCUGGCAGGAUCUGAGCCACACGUGCCACUGAAACUGGGCCAGGCCCCUCCCCCACAACCUCCGUGCCUGACCUGCUGCCUGCCCAUCAUGCCCCCAGCCACCCACACAGCCCUGGGGCGCAGGCCAGGGGUGGGGCUGGGGCACCACCAUCUCAGGCCAGCGAGGAAACGAGGUCCAGUCAGGGCCACCCAGGCUGAGGGUGCAGGGCCCGGGUGAACGGCUCAGAGCGGCUGGGGUGCCACCUCUCCCCUCCGGCCCCAGCCUCGAGCUCAGGCCAGCCCUUCUCUUCCAGCAUCUGGGGGCAUCACCCGUCUGGACUCUGCCGGGCUCUGCCACUCGCUGCCUGAGGUGGGUAAGUACCCCGGCCUCAGAGCUGUGACCUGAGGCUGGGAUUGACCUGAAUGGGAGGAGGAGGGGUCCCCUUGCCUAAGACCGCCCCAGGGGCUGGUGCUCUGCCUUCACAGUGUCUGGUGCAGACACUGCAUGCAGCCCCUUCCCCAGCACACAGCCGAGCCCCGCAGUCCCUGGGUUGCCUCCAAGCCUUCGCAUGGGCCUUUCCUGCUUGGCCCCCCCACCCCAAACUCCUACUCCUGCAGCCUCCGCAGCCCACCAAAUCCCCUGCAGUGGCUGCUCACUUGCGCUUCCCUGUGGGUCCCUGGCUGGGGGCUGGCACUGUCUGGGAUGAGUCCCAAAUGAAUCUCGGUCACUCAGCUAAACUCUGCAGGCAGGAGGGCGGGGGUGGGGGAGCGGGAGUGGGGGAAUGGUCCAGGGUCAGCCCUGCCCUCAGGAAGCCCAGGGGCAGUCCAGAAGGAGCCCCCAGAGACCCACCCACCCCUGACUCCGACCCGCCAGCCUGGCCUCCUUGCGCAGGACGGGGUGGGGGGUGGGGUGGUAGAGUCCUAAGCUGGCGGGGGACGGGGAGGAAGAAGCUGCUGGGAAGCCUGGUGAAAAGGGAAGAAGGCAUAGCUGGGCUGCAGCGUCUGGUCACUGGGCGCCUCGCAGGGCCCGUCGGUGUCCUCUCUCCUGGGCGCUGCUCGGGGGUUGCCUCCCCCACCUCCCGGGGGAAACCUCUGCUGGUGCCAUCACCCCGGCAGCAGCCACAGGGAGACGGGACCCUGGAGAGCAGAGGGGCCCCCUCCAAGGUAUCUAAGAAGCCCCCUCCCCACCCCCACCCCCAAGAAUGUCUGCGAGGCGCCUUCAUUACCCAGCAUGAAACGCUGCCUGCAAAGCCCAGCUUGGCCUCCCUAAGACCUGGGGCCAGGGGACUCUGUCGGUCCUGUUUGCUCAUCUGCAGGGCAGGCCUCACCCCCACCCUGCGGGGGCAUGGUCAGGGGAAAGGGGGUUACUAUAGAGAAGCGCAUGGGGAGUUCCCUGGUGGUCCAGUGGUUAGGACCCUGUGCUCUCACGGCCGGGGCCAGGGUUCAGUUCCUGGCUGGGGACCUCGGAUCCCACAAACUGUGUCGGGCCCCAAAAGGGAAAAGCAUGUCCACCGAGCGUGGCUCCUGACGAGCCAGGCACUCGCGUGUCCUCACUAUGUGAAACAUCUGGGGCAGCCGGUAAGUGGGUCGGUUGGAGCCUAUUGCCAAGUGUCAGGCGCUGGGCUCGGCGGACUCCCGACGGCCGCGAGAGGCCGGCCUGGACGCCAGUCCACUCAGCAGUGAGGAAGCCAGGCUCAGAGAGGGGAAGUCACCUGGCCCGGGAGGAGCUAGCACCCGAAGCUGGGAUCGCUCCUUCCCUGGGCCUGGACUCCCGGCUUCCUUCCUGCCCGCCCCGGCGGAGGCGCCCAGACCUGCAGACCUGUGGCGGGGCCCUCCCUGGGCGGCACCGAGGCCUGCCUUCUCCGUGCCUUACCUGGGGCACCCCCAGUCCUGGAAAGUGGAGCGCAGCAGACGGGGACUGGGAGGGCUUGCUGGGGACGGGGCGGGGACGGGGCGGGCAAACCGGUCGGGCGGCUGGGCUCCCGGAUCCCAGGCUCCGGCUCCGGGGCCUCCGCGUAGUCGGGCCCGCGCUGACGCUGCCGGACGGAGGGGCUGGCGUAGAGCCGGGCGGGGAGCUGGGGCUGCGAGGCUGCCUUCAGGCCCCUGGCCACCAUGCACCAGCACCACACCGUCCACUUUGCCAAGGGUGCCCUGCCCCCCCGGAUCGCCACCGAGCGCUACUUCUUGGACCCAGAGUUGGGGCACCAAAAAGGACGCUGUCAUCAGGGGUGCCACGACCCAGCGGCACCUGGCGCCCACAGGCCCUGUCGGCCGAUUCCCCAGGCAUGCCGGCAGCCGGCCUACCACGACCACCAGGGGGGGCGCGGUGGCUGUCGCUGGGGCCCCCAGCCCCCCACCCAGCAGCAGCAGCAGCAGAGGCGGCAGCCCCUGCAGCAGCGUCUCUGCUCUGUUCAUGGGGCCCAGAAGCGGCCACCUGCAACCACCGCUGCCCCCACGCAGCCGGCCACCGCCCCCCAGCUGCCCCCCACCUCACUCACCGCAGCCAGCACCCUGGCCACUGGCGGCCCAGCCCUGCCCUACGCAGCCGGCACCCUCCUGGAGCCCAGCAGGCCCACGGACGCCCGGCCCCUGCCCGCCCCCGCAGCCUGCGGCUGCUUCACCUCCUACAGCUCUGACAUCUUGACAGAGGAUGACGUCUACUGCAGCUGCCUGGCCAAGACUCUCUGCCACGUGCCCGUCCCUGUGACCGUGGGUUUCUAUGCCCCCUUUGGCUGCCGCCUGCACAUGAUGCUGGACAAGAUCACAGCGCUGAUGCAGCAAGAAGCAGCCCAGCGCGAGGCCGAGGAGCUGGAGCGCGUGCAGUGGCGGCCGCGGCCCGUGCAGGGCUGGGCCUUCCCGAAGCUGCUGUGGUACCUGGUGUUCCUGCGGCCCAUCAUCACCGAGGUGCACCUGCGGCGCAAGAACGUCAAGUUCCUCUUCAUCCGCUUCAGCGCCUGGCAGUACGCGGGCACCGACAAGCUAUGGGCCGGUCUGGUGACCACACUGUGCGAGGGCAUCCGCCACCAAUACGGCGCGCUGCCCUUCAGCGUGUACUCAGUGCUGGGCACGAAGGCGGCCACGACGCUGGGCUUCCGCCAGCACGAGUGGCAGUGUCGGCACCGCGUGUGCCUGGCGCUGCUGGCGCUGCUGGCCGUGCUCAGCCUGGGCGUGGGGCUGCUCUAUCUGUCGGUGGGCGCCCGCUCGCUGAGCCACCGCGCCACCAACAGCAGCCUGCUCCGGGUGUUCGGCGGUGCGGCCACCACGCUGUCGGGCUCCGGGCUGCUCAUGGCCGUGUACUCGGUGGGCAAGCACCUGUUUGUGAGCCAGCGCAAGAAGAUCGAGCGGCUGGUGUCGCGAGAGAAGUUCGGCAGCCAGCUGGGCUUCAUGUGCGAGGUGAAGAAGGAGGUGGAACUGCUCACCGACUUCCUGUGCUUCCUGGAGAUCUACCAGCGGCGCCGGCUGCGCGUCGUGCUCGAGGUCACCGGGUUGGACACGUGCUACCCGGAGCGCGUGGUGGGCGUGCUCAACGCCAUCAACACGCUGCUGUCUGACAGCCACGCGCCCUUCAUCUUCAUCCUGGUGGUGGAUCCCAGCAUCCUGGCCGCGUGCCUCGAGAGCGCCGGCUCCAUGAAGGGCACGGCCGACAACGGCUACCUCUUCCUCAACCGCACGGUCACGCUGCCCUUCUCAGUGCCCAUCAUGGGCCGCCGCACCAAGCUGCAGUUCCUCCAGGACGCCGUGCAGAGCCGCGACGACCUGCUCUAUCGCGAGAUUACGCGCAAGCUGCGGCCGCCGCCCGGGGCCAGGGGCGGCGAGGGCGCACAGCUCCUGGAGGUGCAGACGCAGGCGGGGGGCGAGCGCGAGCAGAGCCGCAUCGACGCCGAGGCGGCGCGACGCAUCCGCGAAGCGCUCUUCUGCCUGCACGACGAGCGCGACUGCCUCUACGAGUACGUGCCCGACAACGUGGUGUCCAUGCGGCGCAUCGUCAACACCGUGCCCAUCACCGUGCGCCUGCUGCAGCAGCAGCAGGGGGACUUCGGGGGCCCCUCGCCGCGCCAGGCUGUGGCUUGGGUCGUGCUCGCCAACCAGUGGCCGUGCCGCCUCAGCUGGGCCCUGCAGUGCCUGGAAGACCGACAGCAGGCCGGGGGCGCGCCCGAGGCCCGCGCGCGCCUCUGGGACGUGUUCAGCGACCACAGCCGCGAGCUGCACACCAUGACCAAGCCGCUGCAGAACGUGCUUGACCUGGACGGCGACCCUGAGCUUUUCGAGCGCUUCCUGGGCGCCGACUUCCCCUUCACUGUGGCCGAGGCGCAGAGCCUCCUGCGCUGCACCGUCAACCUGGACCACUCCAUCCGCCGCCGCAUGGGCCUCAUCCGGGCCGUCAGCGCGCUCAAGCCGCCCAGCCCGCCCAAGUCCCCUGCCCGCGACACCCCCCACGCCGCCAACGGAGCCAACCACGCCCCCGGGCCGGCCCGGGCAGGCCACCCUGCAGGGCACUCCCCUGUGCAUGCCAGCGAAGCCCACCAUCCCCGGGACUGGGCGCAGGGAGGCAAGCCCAGACCCAUGGCUUGAGUGCCGUUAACUCAGGGGCAAUCCAGCCCAGGUGGGCCUUGAAUGUAAGACUUCUGGGCACAACACUUGCAUCUGCCCAGAUGAGAGUGAAGGGGGCCUGGCUGGGCUCAAGAUCCAGGGGCCAGUGUCCAGAAUGGGGCCUGUGGUGCCCAUAUUUCCCAGAUGAAUCUGUUAGCCAGGGAGAGCCAUAGGCCAUGGCCACCAGGAAUGGGACAGCUUGUGUGUCUGAGAGCUGGGCAUAAGGACCCAUGAGGAAAUCGGGGUUCAAGUGCAAUAAAUGAAAAUGUGAAAGCC